AUGUGGCACACCGACGGCCACUCAUGGUGGUCCUCAGUCACCAGCAGCCACCUGGUCGACCUAGAGACCGCCUGGGGAGCAGACCGACUCUGGCGUUUUGACCUCUUUGACUUCGACAACAACAUAUAUAUUGCAGAAGGGCAGUACGCCUCCGGCUGCCCUCGCCAGGCGGGUUACGAUGUCUACGGUGUCAUGGAUAGAAUAUGCGAACUGGAAGAAGAAGAGAAAGAGGAAGAGCGGCUUCGCCGAGUCAAUAACCUUCGAAAGGCUAGAACCCUUGCACGAGAGCUAGUCCCCUGUGGCAGUCAUCUCCAACUGUAUCAGCCAGACAUGCUUCAGAAUUCCCGAAUUCAUGGACUACCUGGACAUUCAAGAAGAUGA